AAGAAGUCUCGAUUCACUUUCAUCUUCGUCGCUCUUACUUGCCCAAUUUUACUCUCGGAAAGAUUCUUAGCUAUUCCCUGUUACUUUAGAUAUUAGUUAUCUGAAAAGAUUUGUUUCCGAAGUGAAUUUAGCAUCCUCUAUGCUAAUGUACGCCGUUGUGGAGCUCCAUGUGGACCGAAAACCGGUUAUUAGUCCAGCUCUUAUCAGCUGGCUCACUGGAGUGACGCCUCGUCUGUCUAAGGGAAAGGAAGAAUUCCAGGCAAGAACUUGCUUAUGGCCUGCCCGAGAGAAGUAUCUGAAUGAAUACCUCAUUCAUAAACGCACUCCCAAAAAAGAAUGGGUGACAUUCCAUAACGUCAGAGUUUUCAAAUUCUGUAAGAGCCUUGCCACUGCGAAAGGCCUUGCCGAGAAGCUAGUGGAUACUAGUGAUGUAGGAGAUUUGAAUGAGGACAGCGAUGACAAUCUUCCACCCAAGCGGAAGAGGAAUAGCGUGAAGGUUUUUGGCGAAUCUUCAGUGGAUGAAGAUGAUGGGAGGCCUGUUAAAGGACUUAAGAUUUCGAAAUGUGACCGUCCAACAGGGCCUCCACCAACGUCUCCACAACAUUCUUCUAGUGAUGAUGAGUCAGGCGCCUCCUCAGAUGACUCCUUUCUCAGAGGAAUCAGAGAAAACAGAGAUGCAAUUGAUGCAUCACAACCCAACUCCACAUCUCUAUUGAGUGAACAGAAUGUUCAUGCUCCUACUGGGAAAAGGACCACAACCCCACAACUCAACAACCAACCGCCUAGUCCAAAACUUCCUUCUAUUGGAAGUAACCUGGGGACUUCAAGCGUUACACCUAGCAGUCAGCCCAUCAGUUCUGCUGGAAUCAACACCCGAAUCCUGACACACUUAUCCCUACUGAAAAGUGAAAUUCAGGAGCUAAAAAAGAUGGUGCUGAAAGUCUAUAUUGUCACGUGUGGGCCUCAUGAUGGUUCCUCAGAUGUUGAGAAGAUUCCUGGCCUCCCACUCCAGACCGAAACCGACUUUGAGAACUUCACUUCUCUAUGUGAGAAAGAGGACGGUAAACUGGGAAUGGUAAAACAUCUAAGUGAGCAUGGUAAGACUGACAUCAGAGAAAGUGUCUUUAAUAUGAUGAGGAAACUUAUGACGAAUACACUUGCUCAAAAUUAUAACUAUUCUGGCAUUAACCGCCGAGGAGCAUCUGUAGCGAAGAAAAAGUUUGCUGAAACCACCCCUUGCACUGUUUUGAGAGCGGCUGUGAAACAACACUGCAGGGUGUUGCUAGGAAGAGGAGCAGACUCAAGGCAUCAGUUUAAUUCUACUGACUUUAAAGAUGCUGUGAGUGACUGGCUUAAAGAUGCCAAGAAGAGAAACGAAAAUGAAGAAAAGAAAAAAAAGAAGAAUGAAACUCAACAGGAAAAUGUUGAUAGUGAUCUGGGAGAGGGAGAUGAUCAGCACUAGGCAAUAUUGUUUCCUAUGUCCAAAUUAUUUUACAUAUUGUACCUGUUAUUCUUUUAGAAAUUUAGAAAAAAAAGAUGUCAUAUUGUGCUCUGCCUUCAGUAUUUAUUAAAUUAAAUGCACUUUAAAUUAAACUUGUUUAUUGUAAAAACCUUAAACAUUGCAACAAUUCAGGAACUUUUUACACAACUUUAUUUUCUGUGCAGAUAAGAGGAUUGUAAUAUUUUAACAUACUUGCUAAUCAAUUCAUUCAUUUUAAGCAACUCCUGUUUAAUUUCGGCACGAGGAAGCCCGUUUGGAGGUAUUGGCCCGGCUGUAGUCACUCGCGGUGCGAGAGCGGCCUGCCCAGGGCUCGGCACUCAGCUUGGCGCCCGGUAGGUAGGCAGGCCUGCCACGCCGGUACGUCCCACGGGCUUGCCUAGCCGACAGGCGUUUAGCUUGAAGUCACGUCGUAUCGACGCGGAUGAGUAGUGGAUGGUUCCACGGUGCGAGAGCGGCCUGCGCAGGGCUCUUGUCUCAGCUUGGCGCCCGGUAGGUAGGCAGGCCUGCCAUGCCGGUACGUCCUACGGGCUUGCCUUGCGGACAGGCGUUUGGCGCAAAGUCACGUCGUAUCGACGUGGAUGAGUAGUGGAUGGUUCCAUGGUGCAAUUCAAUGGAGUAUCCACGUAGAUUACCGAGGAAUGCGUUCAUUCUUCCCUGACGGACCCAUCUGGGUUU